UUGAAAAAUAUUUUAUAGUUGGCCAAAAAUGUGGUGUCUGUAAAAAAGAAAUCAACAAAAUACCAUUUGUAUCAAAAUCAUAUAGUGAUCUAGAUGGUUGUAUAACUGAUAGUGAUAACCCUCUUAUAAUAAUAAUAAUGAAAACCUCCCUUCCAAUAAUGAUAACUAAAAUCUUUCUCCCAAUAAUGAUAAUGAAAACUCCACUUGAUAAUAAUAACAACCUUCUUUCUAAUAACAAUAAUAACCUCUCUCCUAAUAACAAUAAUGAUAACUCUUCUCCUAAUAACAAUAACAAUAAUGAUACUAAUAAUAAGGUAAAAGAGGUUGUUAAUAAAGAAAAGGCAAAAGAGGUUGUUGAAGACAAUAAGGUGAAAGAGGUUGUUGAUAAAGGAAAGAUGAAAGAGGUUGUUGAUAAAGAAAAGGUGAAAGAAGUUGUUGAUGAAAAGGCAAAAUGA